AUGCCGAAACAAGUUCACGAUAUCAAGCAGUUUCUUGAGCUGUGCAAGAGGGAUGAUGCUAAGGCUGCCAGAAUUAAGAAGCCAACCAAAGGCUCCAACACCAUAAAGUUCAAGGUUCGCUGCCAUCGCCACCUGUACACCCUCGUCCUCCACGAUGCCGAGAAGGCGGAGAAGUUGAAGCAGAGUCUUCCUCCUGCGCUCGUCACGACCGACGUCCCCGCUACUUCCAAGAAAUGAUGUGUACGAAAAACAAAAAAAAACGAUUUAUUUUUCUGUUUCACAAACAAAUAAAAAAAAAAUGUUUAAAAAUGUUUAAUAGAGAGAUUUGAUUCAUGCUCAGGGUCUUUUUUUUAGAGGCGGGCAUGGCUUGAUCGGCUCAUUCAUCGACCUGGGUAGAUGGGUAUCCGCGGGUCUCCGGCGGGAACGCUGUAUAGUGAAACAUGGUCGCUCAAUGGCAUCAAUGUUUUCUCUCUUUCGCUAUCCGAUGGCGGUUCCACGAUUCAAACUACUGGGACGUACUUUGAGUGAUGACCGAUAGGAAGUUCUGCUGUGCUACAUGGGAGGGAGACUGCUUUUCUGAUUACUACUAGAUACCCUCUAGCUUAACCUUCACUUCGAAUUCAAAUGCAUUCCCCAGA